AUGCACGCCACUGCCGCUCUUCGCAACGCUGCCCGCACCCCUCUGAUCCGCUUCCUGGGCAAGCGCUCCACCCCUAAGUCCGUGGACCACACUCCUCGCGUUCACCCCGCUUCUCCUACCGGAACUCUCCCUGACUCCUUCGCCACAUACCGAGCCAAGGCUCAGCAGCACGGCCCUCUCGGUCGUGCCUCCUUCACCAGCGGCGGUAUCGGUGCCAUGUCCGGCGCUGCCUUGGGCCCCGUCCGUCCCGCUGCUGGCGAGUUCUUCGACCGCGCUGAGCUCCCUGCUCGCUUCGGACGUCUGUCCUGGACCGAGGCCGAGAUCGAGGCCAUCGAGUCUGGCGGCGCCAGCUUGUACGCGUAA